GUUUAUCAGCGUUUUUGCAUAAAAAACGCAUAGAAAGCACUUCACUGUAGCCUGAUCAUCAUUAAAUGCUACCAUCAAGUAUAAUAUUGAUUACUUAGGGCAGGACGGCAAUGCUUUGCUACCUCCAUUUGAGCAAACUCGACCGGUGAAUGCGAGGGAGAAAAGAGAAAAAUCAAAUCAGCAACAACAAAAAGCCAUCCUGGUUUUCGAGACGCAUUUCACAGAGGCGCAGUAGCGCAUCACGACUUGCCUUUUGUGAAGCCAAGGAGAAGAAAAGAUGGACAUCACGGAUCAAGGAGCUCAAAUGGAGCCUCUUUUGCCAACGGAACAAAGUUCCCAAGAAACUAAAGAAGUGAGAACUGAUGAGGAAGCAAUAGUGGACCGCGGGGGCACACGCUCCAUGCUCACCACCAAUUUUGAGAAGGAAGAACUAGAAGGUCACCGCACUCUCUACAUUGGGGUUCACGUUCCUCUAGGCAGGAGGUCGCACCGACGACAUCGUCACCAUGGACACAGACACAGGAAGAGGUCCAAAGAGAGGGAUUCCACGGCUGAGGAUGGAAGAGAAUCCCCAUCGCACACAGACACACCAGCUCAGAGGGUGCAGUUUCUGUUGGGGACUGAGGAUGGCGAUGAGGAACACAUCCCCCACGCCCUGUUCACUGAGCUGGAUGAAAUCUGCCUCAGGGAGGGUGAGGAUGCUGAAUGGAAGGAGACAGCAAGGUGGCUUAAGUUUGAGGAAGACGUUGAGGAUGGUGGUGAGCGGUGGAGUAAACCCUAUGUAGCCACUCUGUCUCUACACAGUCUCUUUGAACUUCGCAGCUGCAUCAUGAAUGGCACUGUGAUGCUGGACAUGAGGGCAAACUCACUGGAAGAGAUUGCAGACAUGGUUCUGGAUCAGUAUGAGGCAUCUGGCCCUGUAGGUGAAGAUGCCAGGAGAAAGAUCCGUGAGGCUCUUCUCAAACAACACCAUCACCAAAACCACAAAAAACUGGCCAACCGUAUCCCUAUUGUACGCUCCUUUGCUGAUAUUGGCAAAAAGCAGUCUGAGCCUCACUCCAUGGACAAGAAUGGGCAAACAGUCUCACCUCAGUCCCAGCCAGCCAACAAUGAGGGCAAACAGGAUGUCAGCCGAGAAAACAGCGCCGUUGACUUCAGCAAGAUUGACCUCCACUUCAUGAAGAAAAUCCCACCUGGUGCUGAGGCAUCCAAUGUGCUGGUAGGGGAGCUGGAAUUCCUAGAGCGCCCUGUGGUGGCCUUUGUCCGGCUAGCUCCGGCUGUACUGCUAAAUGGCCUGGCUGAAGUUCCCAUCACCACCAGGUUUCUUUUCAUCUUGCUUGGCCCUCUGGGGAAAGGUCCACAGUAUCAUGAAAUCGGCCGGUCUAUUGCUACACUGAUGACUGAUGAGAUUUUCCAUGAUGUUGCUUACAAGGCCAAAGACAGGAAUGACUUGGUGGCAGGCAUUGACGAGUUUCUGGAUCAGGUGACAGUGUUACCCCCAGGAGAGUGGGACCCCUCCAUCAGAAUAGAGCCCCCUAAAAAUGUGCCCUCCCAGGAAAAGCGGAAGAUUCCCCCAGUUCCCAACGGAGUGACAGAUCUUGGAGAGUCUGGGGAGCACGGAGGGCAUGGUGGCCCAGAGCUCCAGCGCACUGGGAAGUUUUGUGGUGGGUUGAUCUUGGAUGUCAAAAGAAAGGCUCCUCACUACCUUUCUGACUACACAGACGCUGUCAGUCUGCAGUGUCUAGCCUCAUUUCUCUUCCUCUACUGCGCCUGCAUGUCCCCUGUGAUCACCUUUGGAGGACUCUUGGGUGAGGCUACAGAGGGGCGUGUGAGUGCUAUCGAAUCCUUAUUCGGGGCUUCCAUGACUGGAAUAGCCUACUCUCUUUUUGCCGGGCAGCCUCUCACCAUCCUGGGCAGCACAGGGCCUGUUCUUGUCUUUGAGAAGAUCCUCUUUAAGUUCUGCAAGGAAUACGGCCUCUCCUACCUCUCCCUGAGGGCCUGUAUUGGCCUGUGGACGGCCUUCUUCUGUCUACUUCUGGUGGCCACAGAUGCCAGCUCGCUUGUCUGUUACAUCACACGCUUCACCGAGGAAGCUUUUGCUGCACUGAUCUGCAUUAUCUUCAUCUAUGAGGCCCUGGAGAAACUACUUCACCUGGGGGUGCAUUACCCCAUCAACAAGAACAACAACCUUCAGAAACUCACAUUGUACUCAUGUUCUUGUGUGGAACCUAGGGACCCCAGCAAUGAGACUCUGCAGUUCUGGGAGGAGAGAAACAUCACUGCUUCCCAGGUCAACUGGACCAUGCUGGAGGUCACGGAGUGCGAGAUGUUGCACGGGGAGUUUGAGGGCAGCGCCUGCGGUCCCCAUGGCCCGUACAUCCCUGACGUCCUCUUUUGGUGCGUGGUCCUGUUCUUCUCCACUGUCUUUAUGUCUGCUUUUCUCAAGGAGUUCAAGACAAGCCGGUACUUUCCAACCAAGGUGCGGGCCAUCAUCAGCGACUUUGCAGUCUUCAUUACCAUUCUCACUAUGGUGUUAGUAGAUUAUGCCCUGGGUAUCCCCUCACCUAAAUUACAGGUUCCCAACAAAUUCAAACCAACCAGGGAUGAUCGUGGCUGGGUUAUCAACCCUGUGGGGCCCAACCCCUGGUGGACCACAAUUAUCACCUUCAUCCCUGCUCUGCUCUGCACCAUUCUCAUCUUUAUGGACCAGCAGAUCACAGCCGUCAUCAUCAACAGGAAGGAACACAAACUAAAGAAAGGCUGUGGCUAUCACCUGGACCUGUUUGUGGUGGGGGUGAUGCUUGGUGUGUGCUCAGUAAUGGGCUUGCCAUGGUUCGUGGCUGCCACUGUGCUCUCCAUCUCCCACGUGAAUAGCCUGAAGCUGGAGUCAGAGUGCUCGGCCCCUGGAGAGCAGCCCAAGUUCUUGGGAAUCCGAGAGCAGCGCUUCACUGGCCUCAUGAUCUUUACUCUGAUGGGCUGUUCCGUCUUCAUGACCUCUGUGCUGAAGUUUAUUCCCAUGCCUGUGUUAUAUGGCGUCUUUCUUUACAUGGGGGCUUCCUCACUCAGAGGUAUUCAGUUCUUUGACCGUCUGAAGCUGUUUGGCAUGCCUGCCAAACAUCAGCCAGACUUCAUUUACCUUCGUCACGUCCCUUUGAGGAAGGUCCAUCUUUUUACUAUCAUCCAGCUCAGCUGCUUGGUCCUCCUCUGGGUCAUCAAGACCUCUAAAGCUGCCAUUGUUUUCCCCAUGAUGGUCUUGGCCCUAGUGUUUAUUCGCAAGUUGCUGGACUUCAUUUUCACCAAGAGAGAGCUGAGCUGGCUGGAUGACCUGAUGCCGGAGUGGAAGAAGAAGAAACUAGAAGAUGCUGCACAAGAGGAGGAACACAGCAUUAUUGCAGAGGAGGAAGGCAUUGUACAAGUGCCACUUGAGGGACACUACAAGAGUGACCCAGCAACAGUAAACAUCACUGAUGAGAUGUCCAAAGGGUCCUUUGGGAAUGUGUGGAAGAGUGUGAACCCUGCUGAGAGUGCUAAAAAGGAACAAAGUGCUAAAAGUUCCAAAAGCAACGAAAAGCGUCACAAGCGGAGAAGGCAUGACAAGAGCUUGGACAGGGAGACAAGUUUGUGAUGACACAUACUGGCAAAGCCACUGUGCUGUCAACCAGUAAAUCAACCAGUAUACCGUGCCACACUCAGCCACCUUUGUACUGUGCUACACUGUGUUUUUUCGUCACGUAAGUCUAUGUGCAAGUCGUGUGAAACAAAGAAAAUUUAUUAGAAACCGUAUUAAUGAGAAGAAACUGAGACACAUCUGUGUUUUUCUUUUCUGUGUAUAUCAGUGUUUGGUGAUACCAGCAACCGAAGGAUGCCAGAAUUAUGACACCUGCAGUAACUGCUGUGUCUAUGGGCCAAUUACGGAAAAAUUUUAAAGAAUUUUUUAACUUUAUUUUAUUUGUAUUUUGUAUGUUUUUAUAUUUUUCCAACAACUACAAGUUGUCCUUUUAACAAGGUUACAGCGACCCACUAAAGAAUUGAUUCUAUGUGGAACAUUGUUUACUCCACGACAUUCUCCGUGGAGCAUUUAAUGCCGCUGUUGUAUUUAGCACCUCAUAAUAGACUGAAAAAAAGUAGAUAUUUGCCAAUAUAAAUCUGUAGUACUGGUAUCUAAAAGAGUUGGCUAUAUAGCAAAUCUAGUAAUUUUUUGGAAGCAUUAAAUAUACAUUUUAUAUAUUAAAUAUAUCUAAAUGUUUUGUGACAGUGACCACUCAUCAUUUCCCAGUCUUUUCCAUUCCUAUCAGGUAUAAAUGUCUCCUUCUCCUCUAGUAUGAAGCAUUUGCCAAGAAACUCCCCAGAAAUUUGACUUUGAAAUUUGUUUCUGAGAGUCACAUGAAGAGACUGACCUAAAGAGAUUGCUAAAUAUGAAGCUAAAUCCAGCAGCUAGUUAACUUAGCUUAGCAUAGACAGCGUAAAUGGUGAAAUAGCUUCCAUUGCUUUGUUUAAAAGUAACCAAGAAAACAAUUGCUAACAGGCACUUUAUAUCUUAUUUCUUAAUUUCCUUAUUGCAGCGUCCCUCCGACAGAAGACAGAGAUGACUGGUAUUCCGUUUACCGGCUGUUUAUUAAGAACAGUAACACAGGCUACU